AUGUCUUCAUCUACUCCAUCAUCUUCACAUAACAAUAAUAGCACUGAGACACCAAAGCCCACAAUAGAGAUCAAGAAACCAACUUUCAUAGCACAACAUAUGCAGAAGCCCACAUGGGUCCUCCCAUACAGGACCCAAACCCUUCAAAGUCUAUACACCAUAGGCAAGAAGCUAGGCCAAGGCCAGUUUGGGACAACCUUUCUGUGCACUGAGAAAUCAAGCAACGGUCUUUAUGCCUGCAAAUCUAUACCCAAGAAGAAGCUGAUUUGUAAAGAGGACUAUGAGGACGUGUGGAGGGAGAUUCAGAUAAUGCACCACUUGUCAGAGCACCCAAAUGUUGUGAGAAUAAAGGGAACGUACGAGGAUGUCCUAUUUGUGCACAUAGUAAUGGAAUUGUGUGCAGGUGGGGAGCUCUUUGAUAGGAUUGUGCAGAAAGGGCAUUAUAGUGAAAAGGAGGCUGCCAAAUUGAUCAAGACUAUUGUUGGGGUGGUCGAGGCUUGUCAUUCUUUAGGGGUUAUGCAUAGGGACCUUAAGCCUGAGAAUUUCUUGUUUACUAGAGCUGAUGAGGAUGCUGCUCUCAAGGCAACUGAUUUUGGCCUCUCUGUCUUCUACAAGCCAGAUGAAACUUUCAGCGAUGUAGUGGGAAGCCCUUAUUAUGUUGCACCCGAGGUUUUGCGCAAGCAUUAUGGACAUGAAGCAGAUGUAUGGAGUGCUGGGGUCAUUUUAUACAUUUUGCUCAGCGGUGUUCCACCUUUCUGGGCAGAAACUGAGAAGGGGAUUUUUCGCGAGAUAUUGAAGGGAAAAUUGGAUUUUGAAUCCGAACCAUGGCCCGGCAUUUCAGGUAGUGCUAAGGAUUUGAUACAGAAGAUGCUGGAUAGGAAUCCAAAGACAAGGUUAACAGCACAUGAAGUUCUGUGCCAUCCGUGGAUUGUUGACGACAGAAUGGCUCCUGAUAAGCCACUUGAUUCUGCAGUUCUUUCACGCCUCAAACAGUUCUCUGCGAUGAACAAACUCAAGAAGAUGGCUUUACGUGUCAUUGCAGAGAGAUUAUCUGAAGAAGAAAUUGGUGGUCUCAAGGAGUUGUUCAAAAUGAUAGAUACAGAUGAUAGUGGAACUAUAACUUUCGAUGAACUUAAAGAGGGUUUAAGCCGAGUAGGCUCUGAGCUGAUGGAGUCUGAGAUUAAAGAUCUCAUGAAUGCUGCGGACAUUGACAACAGUGGAACAAUAGAUUAUGGGGAGUUUCUAGCAGCUACAGUUCACUUGAACAAGUUAGAGAGAGAGGAGAAUCUAGUUUCAGCCUUCUCUUUCUUCGACAAGGAUGGUAGUGGUUACAUAACUAUUGACGAGCUGCAACAAGCCUGCAAAGAAUUUGGUUUGAGUGAGCUUAACCUUGAUGAGAUGAUCAGAGAGAUUGAUCAAGAUAAUGAUGGACAAAUAGAUUAUGGUGAAUUUGCAGCAAUGAUGAGAAAAGGCAAUGGAGGCAUUGGAAGGAGAACCAUGAGAAACACUGUAAACUUGGGAGAUGCCCUUGGACUAGGAGUUUUAGAAAGUAAAGAACGCAGCUGA